AUGCCUACAACCAAUGUUGAUGACAAUGACCGACCCUUAUUCUUCUGCAAUACAUGUGAUAAAGAACACAUUGAUGUCAUUUCCAGGUUCAAAUUAAUUGCUCAUGUUAAGGACGACAGCGGUGAGGCUAAUUUUCUUUUGUUUGAUGCUAAUGCUCAACAAAUUGUGCGUAAUUCUGCCGCUGAACUCUAUGACGAGAAUGAAGAUGAAGACUUCUUACCAGAAGCAGUUAGCGAUCUCUUUGGUAAGAGAGUCCUUUUUGAGAUUUCAUUUGAUGCUGAUAACAUCAAAGGAAAGAGCUCUCAGUAUGUUGUUCGAUUGGCUACUGAUGACCGUGAAAUGGUUGAGGAAUUUGCUGAUUUGCCUCCUAAACCGGUCCUAAUGUUGGAGUCCGCAGAUGAUAUUUCCUCUGGUUCUGGUGGUUUUACAGCAACUCCUUUGUCCAAAAGAAAAAGCGAACAAGAUGAAGACAGUUGCCUUAAGGAUCAACACUCUGUUAACAAGAAACUCUCUCAAAAGAAACUCAAGGGCGAGUGA